CUCAAGAUGUCAACAGAAAUUCAAACUGCACCAGAUUUGAGAGUGAAAUUUAGCAGAAGGGUUCAUGAAUAUGGAAGAGACCAAGAUCAAUGUGAAAUACAGAUGUUGGACGAAGAAAACCCAUACUCCGUUCCAGACUUACAACAAACUGAGAAAAACAACCAGAAAAACCUCCCAGUUGUGAAAAGAAACAGUUUCAGAGUUUUCAACGUGUUCCUGGGAGUGUUUAAUCUCCUUGUUCUGGUUGGAGUCAUCAUACGCUGUAUCCCUUUGGACAACAACCAGCUGCAGAGGGAACACGACCAACUAAAUACCAGUUACAGUCAGCUGCAAGUCAAAUACAACCAACUGAACAACACUUAUAAUCAGCUCAAAAAUGAACUUGAUGGUAUCCCUUUGGACAACAACCAGCUGCAGAGGGAACACGACCAAGUAAAUACCAAUUACAGUCAGCUGCAAGUCAAACACAACCAACUGAUCAACACUCAUAAUCAGCUCAAAAAUGAACUUGAUGGAGAGUGUCCUGAUGGAUGGAGAAGAUUUGGAUCUAGUUUUUACAAAAAAUUCACUGAGAGUAAAACUUGGUCUGAGAGCAGGAGGGAGUGUGAGAAAAGAGGAGCUGAUCUGGUGAUCAUAAGCAGCAAAAAGGAGCAGGAUUUUGUGGGACGACUGUACACAAAUGAAACCUCCUGGAUUGGUCUGAAAGCUGAAUGGUCGACUAAGAAAGAGGAACUUGAUUGGAAAUGGGUGGACGGAUCACCGCUGAAAAUAUUGUUCUGGGCUGCAGAAUGGUCUCAACAUCAGUACAACCAAAGUGAAUACGCUGCACUGUGUUGUACUAAUGAAGGGAAAUGGACAUACUCAUAUCACGCUGAUGAGAAUAACUGGAUUUGUGAGAAGAGAAAUCAAGCUUUCAUUGUUGAAUCCUGAUAAACUUCAGAUAACAUUUGGUCACUUUCAUUUAUUGUUUUUCAUGUGUCAUUUAUAAAUGUGGUUAUUCUGAACUUCAUCAUGUGUACAGGGUAGUGAAGCUGUCAUCAGAACUACAGGAUAACUUGAUAAUGCUGAAGUAAAAUAUAAUGAUUGUAAAUAAGUAUAAAUGCAGCUUUACUUCACUUGUGUUUUUUAAUUAAUG